GCAACUGAAUUCUAUACGAUACCGCCUCACAGUAAACGCUCACCUACUUCAUGCAUAAGAGGUAGGCAGCAGCGCACCAGUUGGGGUGGCGACUUGCUUGGUCGUUGGGUUGGCAAGCGGCAAAGCCGACGAUAUUUUGGCGCAAGGCUGCCAUACGUAGGCAAUGCACCGUCUUGCGCAACGAUUGGGUGGACCUGGCCUAAGAUGGGGAGCAUGCUAUUUGCAGCUGUGUUCAUAGCGUUACAUUUUGCCACCGGCGGCCUGGCCAACCCAGAUGCAAAACGUUUAUACGACGACCUCUUAAGCAACUACAAUCGUUUAAUACGGCCUGUUGGCAAUAAUUCUGAUCGUUUAACGGUCAAAAUGGGUUUACGUUUAUCACAAUUAAUCGAUGUUAAUCUCAAAAAUCAGAUCAUGACUACAAAUGUAUGGGUGGAACAGGAAUGGAAUGAUUACAAAUUGAAGUGGAAUCCCGAUGAUUAUGGCGGCGUUGACACGCUGCAUGUACCCUCAGAACACAUUUGGUUACCGGACAUAGUGUUAUAUAAUAAUGCUGACGGCAAUUACGAAGUGACAAUAAUGACAAAAGCAAUUUUACACCACACCGGCAAAGUGGUGUGGAAACCGCCCGCCAUUUAUAAAUCAUUUUGCGAAAUUGACGUAGAAUACUUUCCAUUCGAUGAGCAGACGUGUUUCAUGAAAUUCGGUUCAUGGACUUAUGAUGGCUAUAUGGUCGAUUUACGACAUCUGAAGCAAACACCGGAUUCCGAUAACAUUGAGGUAGGCAUCGAUUUACAGGACUAUUAUAUAUCCGUUGAGUGGGAUAUAAUGCGCGUUCCUGCUGUACGCAAUGAGAAAUUCUACAGUUGUUGUGAGGAACCGUAUUUGGAUAUCGUCUUCAAUCUAACGUUAAGGCGCAAAACACUAUUCUAUACCGUCAAUCUUAUAAUACCUUGUGUGGGUAUAUCAUUUCUAUCCGUCUUAGUAUUCUAUUUACCCAGCGAUUCAGGCGAAAAGAUAUCAUUGUGUAUUAGUAUAUUGCUAUCGUUGACUGUGUUUUUUCUAUUGCUUGCGGAAAUUAUACCGCCCACAUCAUUAACGGUACCUUUAUUGGGUAAAUAUUUACUAUUCACCAUGAUGCUGGUAACACUGUCGGUUGUAGUUACCAUUGCAGUACUUAAUGUUAAUUUUAGAUCACCGGUUACACAUAAAAUGGCCCCUUGGGUACAGCGCAUUUUUAUAGACAUUUUACCAAAACUAUUAUGUAUUGAACGUCCGAAAAAGGAUGAACCAGAAGAAGAUCAACCACCUGAAGUGCUAACAGAUGUCUUUCAUUUGCCGCCAGAUGUUGAGAAAUUUGUUAAUUAUGAUACGAAACGAUUUAGCGGGGACUAUGGCAUACCAGCACUGCCUGCUGAACGUUUCGAUUUUGCUGCAGCAGGUGGCAUAGCCCCCUGUUUUGGUGAUCCGCCCCUGCCCUCUGCACUACCACUACCAGGCGCCGAUGAUGAUCUCUUUAGUCCGGCUGGUAAUGGCGAUCUAAGUCCUGGCUGCUGUCCAGCCGACAUGAGUCCGACAUUCGAAAAGCCCUAUAUGCGUGAAAUGGAAAAAACUAUCGAAGGUUCACGUUUUAUCGCGCAACAUGUAAAAAAUAAAGACAAAUUUGAAAGCGUUGAAGAAGAUUGGAAAUAUGUAGCGAUGGUGUUAGAUCGAUUGUUCCUGUGGAUAUUCGCUAUUGCGUGCGUGGUAGGCACAGCGUUAAUUAUAUUACAGGCACCCAGCCUGUACGAUAAGUCGGAGCCGAUCGAUAUUUUAUAUUCAAAAAUUGCCAAAAAGAAAUUCGAAUUGUUGAAAAUGGGCAGCGAAAAUAGUUUAUAGCGACCAGUUGGGUUCGCAGCGGGCUGGUGGAAUAUUAUCACCAGCUCGAUGCGAACCCUGUUCGCCGCACGCGAUGAUGAUCGUGGAUAAUACAACGAUUUCAUUGUGGAGGUGGACGCCCCAUCAUCAGAUAAUGGUAAUAAUACGCUGAAAUUGGAUUUAGGAGAGCAAGUGAUCAAAAUUGAGUUUGCUAUUGAGAGGCGAAAUUGAAACGGAAGAAAAGAAGAACAAAAGAAAAACUAACGAAAUGCGAGCGUGACAUGAACCGUAGCACGUGAAAGGUUGCUAUCCAUCCAAACAGUGUUUUUAGAAUAAUUUCUCAAAUUGAACGAAAACUAACGAGAAUUGAAUUAGAACAAAAAAAAAAAAAAACAGUCACGGCAACCACAAAAGCAAAACAAAAAUUACAAAUUUUCUACUGGAUCAUAUAUUAGAGCAAAUAGCCAGUAAGUCACUAUAUUGCAAGAAAAAAAGAAUUAAAAAAGAGAUCAAAGCAAAAUACAACAACCAAUCAGUGGUGUUACACUCGCAUUAAAAUUUAAUGAAAACAAAAAAUAAGUAAAAAUGUAGACAAAAUUUAAGAAAUGAAAAGAAAAUUAUAAAUAUUUAAGCACACUUACACAAACACAAGCAAAAUUUCUCAAUGAAAUUGAAAAGAUUUUGUGAAAAAAAAAUAUCAUAAAAACUUGUAUAAUUUUCUCACUUAAAUGAUAACAAAAAACUUAAACAAAACAAAAUCGAAGCAAGUUCCUUUGAAGCGUUACAAAAAGUAAGAUAAAAAAACAACAACAACAACAUCAGUGGUUUAUAAAAAGAAAAGGGUUAAUAGAAUUUAAAGCACAACAACAACAACAACAAAAGCACAUCAACGAAUCUUUUAGUUAAAUAACAAGAAAUUACCGUGAACUCUGUGAGAGUCUUGCCUUGAAACUGGCUUAUCCACUUAAAGUUAAACAAACAAUUGAAUUAAAUCAAUCGAAGAAGCCAAGCGGUUGUUGCGAAUAACAAUAACAAUGGUGAUUUAUUUAAUUAAUUUUUUUUCAUACAUACAUGUUUUAAACUUUAAAUUAUUAUUUACAAUCAGCUAAACUUUAGAAGCCAAAGCCAAAGGUUUCGAUGUGUAACUAUAUCGUUUUCAUCAGCAAGGCCUUACUUCAUGCAUCUUUUCAUCACCGACGGAAUCAUUCCACUUGCCAAAGCCAAAUAGAUUGCUCAAAAACUGUACUUAUUCUUAAUCGGCCUACAUUUCCCACAACCAAUUCUGCUAUGUCUGUCUACUAAAAAAAACAUCUACAGUCCUAAAGUGCAUAGUAAGUCUCAGUUGACGAUCUUAAUAAUCGCGCAAGCACGUUUAUUAUUCCGCAAGAGAAACCAAACUUUUAUGAUAUAGCUAGCAUGGUGACUAUGGUAAUUAAAGUGAGUUGGUUUUGUCACGCCCCAAUCGCUCUCUGUCUUGGAUAAGUUGCCGACAAUACUUAUGUCUGAACGUUUUCAGCAGUAGUCGAAUCGGAUCGAUAGACUCUGUAAACUAGCCUUAGCGUCCCAGAAAAAGAUCAAUUUUUAUUAGCUAAUGUUGUCCGCAAGUAAGUAGCAAUUUAAAUAUCAAAGGUUAUUACAACAAUUCGAAUGAAUUCUAACUCGAGAAUUAGAUUCUGAAGAGAAAUACUCCUCAACUUACAUUUUGGCUUUACACAGAAACAUUGUCCAGACUCUUUAAGGGGUUGGUCUGAGUUUUUACACAUUGUCCUCUUUUUAUUCCUUUAGAUUCCAUUUUAUGUUAUUACUGGAAGAGAUAACUAGGUGAAAACGUGGGACGGAAGAUUUAAAAUAAAAAAUAAACCCAGUUUUCGUCGCAGUAAGGAGAAACGAUGCACGUGCUUAUAAAUGUCCUUUUGUCGAAACAUUCUGGUCAGAGCGAUUUCUUUAGCGAAUGUGAUAACGGUGAACUUGUUCACUUAUAUAAUACCCCGUGAAAGAAAUGCUGUAACCAACAUUCCCUUCCAGGCUUAGUAUAUGUCUGGAAAGUUAAAUUUUCAUUUCCAGCGAUAUAAUCUUUUAAAUUAGCAUGAAAAUGUGCGUGUCCAUAUAUUCAAAUCGCUAUUUCCGCGAUAUAAGAUAUGACUUUGUCCUAAAUAUUAUAUUUUCUUAUCAGCCUUGGUAAGUUAUGUCUGAAAAUCAAUUCAAUCGCCUAAUAUGAUCAUUGCAAUUGCAAGAAAACUGGACGGAAACUUUUCGUUUUUUGCAACGGGUUUGACAUGUACGAUACGGGAGAGGAUAAACUUAGUUGUGACAUUGCAUUCAUAUAUACCAUGGGUAAAUUAGCGGUGCACACUAAAAGAUUUGAUAUAAACUGAGCAUAACUUUUUACUUUUAAUAGUGGAAAAAGUAGUUGCUCGAGAAGAGGAAUGGGGCGUAACGUAAAAAAAGAUACUCAACUUAAUUUAUAUGAACAAUGCUUACGGAUUAAAGGCCAACUUGUAAUGUAUUGGUGUAGGAGAAUAUGUACGUCAUUUGAGUGUUUGGUACCAAACGUUGGCUACUAAUCUAAAACAUAGGACAUAUAUAAGCGUACGUUUUUUGACGAGAUUAUGAAAGUGACGUGCAAGAUAUCACAGGUAGCAGGCACUGAUUAGGAAGUGGUGGAUAUCCAAGACUUCCUCGAACGCGAUUACAGCUUUCUCAUUUCAAUUUUUUUUUUUUUUGUCUUAAACUAAUAAAUGCACGUUUGAUUGCAAUAUCUUUUCUAUGGAAGGAAAAAGAGUAAAUACAAGAGAGUGGUUGAGAGCUCAAGAAUGGUGUAAGUAUGUAUAGUUUGUGAAAAUCAAUCAACAAAUAUUAAUAGUUUGAUUAAAAAUA